GCCUGGAAAUAGCAGACGCUCCCUAGCCCUGACAGCUCACCGCUUUUAUGCGCCCGAACCGGCGUGUCUGGCAGCUSUUCCACUCCUCCCCUCUCCUGAUUGGCCUUCGGGGCAGCGCCGCGCCUCGCGAUUGGCCCAAGGUGCGGCCGCUUGCCCGCUGAUUGGCGGACGGUGGCGGAAGGAGCUGGCYACUGGGGGGGCGGGGCAAGAUGGCGGCUGUGCUGGAGGUGGAGGUUGGCGGCCCCGUUGAGCGUGAGGUGGAUGAGGUUGAUCUUACACAUUUGUCCCCAGAGGAGAGAUGGAGGGUGGAACAUGUACGGAUGCAUGCCAAGCACCGUGGGCACGAGGCGAUGCAUGCCGAAAUGGUCCUCAUCCUCAUCGCCACGCUUGUGGUGGCACAGCUCCUCCUGGUUCAGUGGAAGCAGCGGCACCCUCGCUCCUACAAUAUGGUGACCCUCUUCCAGAUGUGGGUAGUGCCUCUGUAUUUCACGAUCAAGCUGAACUGGUGGCGGUUCCUGGUGAUCUGGGUGCUCUUUUCAGCAGUCACAGCUUUUGUCACCUUCAGGGCAACUCGAAAGCCUCUGGUACAGACAACACCCAGGCUGGUUUAUAAAUGGUUUCUACUAAUAUACAAGAUCAGCUAUGCUACUGGGAUCGUGGGGUACAUGGCCGUCAUGUUUACGCUUUUUGGUCUUAACUUAUUAUUCAGAAUUAAACCAGAAGAUGCAAUGGACUUUGGCAUCUCCCUUCUCUUCUACGGUCUUUACUAUGGAGUGCUGGAACGGGACUUUGCUGAGAUGUGUGCGGAUUACAUGGCCUCAACCAUYGGGUUCUACAGCGCCUCAGGGAUGCCCACCAAGCACCUCUCGGACAGCGUCUGUGCCGUCUGUGGCCAGCAGAUCUUCGUGGAUGUCAAUGAGGAGGGGAUCAUUGAGAACACCUACCGCCUCUCCUGCAACCACGUGUUUCACGAGUUUUGCAUCCGGGGCUGGUGCAUUGUCGGGAAGAAGCAGACAUGUCCGUACUGCAAAGAGAAGGUGGAUCUCAAGAGGAUGUUCAGUAAUCCCUGGGAGAGGCCUCACGUCAUGUAUGGGCAGCUGCUGGACUGGCUGCGCUACUUGGUGGCCUGGCAGCCGGUGAUCAUCGGACUGGUCCAGGGAAUCAACUACAUCCUGGGGCUGGAGUAAGGGCAGCUGGUGGGGAGCUGCGGAGCCACGAGAGGACAUUGCCACCUGGGAUGCUGGSUUUGCUCCAUCACCUCUCAGGACCUUGGCCACCCCCGAGGACGACAACAUCGGGGCCCCUCCUGCUGGGGCUAGGGGAGGAUUUUUUUAAAAAGCAAUUAUUUUAAUGAGCAUA